CAGCAGCGGCUUGGCCGCGGGAGGAGGUAGAGGCAGCAGCGAUGAGCCCAAAACGGCUUCAGCCUCCUUAACUCUUGAUCUUCCAGCAUCCCGAUGCUUCCCGGCUACAGCAGGGGCUCUCCUAUUGAAGGAGAGAAGGGGGUCGGGGCUUUUGUCCAGGGUGCCACUUGGCACCGGGCAUGUGCUGGGCAUUUACAAAGGCAGCCGAGGUCCCACUUUCGUCUUCUUCUGCCAGCCGGGCUGGGCUGAAGUUGUCUACCUGCGCUGUGUAUGUGUGUGAUAGAGUGAGUGAGUGUGUGUGUAUAAUGUGUGGCGCGCACCCUUCACCUCUUUCUCCUUGGAGACUCGGCCGGGAUGGUCUAUUUCCCUCCUCCUUUAGCAGCGAGGGUUCAGUUUGAAUCACGAGCCGGGUCAGUUAGAUUCUCCCUCUCCUGGUGCCCAGAGGGACGACCGGUCCUCUCCCUCCCCGACCUGGAGAAAAAAGCGAGGGAGCCCCCGGGCCCAGGUUGGCCGUGCUGGCCCCGGUAAGAGCCGGGGCCGACGGAACCGCGGAUGCUGUGGAGCCGGGGAGAACGCCGGCUGCAGGAUGCUGAAGUUCCGGGCGGAUCGGAGGGUCAGCCACAAUGAAAAACGGACCACGUUUCUCCAUCCUGUGACGGGCCAGAUCGCAGAGGAAAACAAAAGAUUUGACUUGAAGCACUCGUCUGUGGACAUGUCCAGCAAAACAGGCGGAAAGCGACCAGCCAAAGCCCCCAACGACACGCCCGGCCACAACAUGGUGUCGGAGACCCCCCCGGAGCGGCCCAGCGUGAAGGCCUCCUCACGCUCAUCUCGCAAGGCCAUUGCCUUUGGCAAGCGCUCCAACUCCAUGAAGCGCAACCCCAGUGCCGCUGUCAUGAAGGGCGGCUGGCUCUUCAAACAGGCCAGCUCUGGGGUGAAGCAGUGGAACAAGCGCUGGUUCGUCCUGGUGGACCGCUGCCUCUUCUACUAUAAAGAUGAGAAAGAAGAGAGUAUCCUAGGCAGCAUUCCGCUCCUGAGCUUCCGCGUGGCCGCUGUGCAGCCCUCAGACAACAUCAGCCGCAAGCACACGUUUAAGGUGACGGUGUGCUGGGUGGAGGAGCCGGGGGUCGAUCCGAUACAGCGCCUCUCCCCACAGGCCGAGCACGCCGGCGUCCGCACCUACUUCUUCAGCGCCGAGAGCCCCGAGGAGCAGGAGGCCUGGAUCCAGGCCAUGGGCGAGGCUGCCCGCGUCCAGAUCCCCCCGACCCAGCGGUCCACGCCCCAGGCCGUUCGCCCCGUACAUGAGAAGCAGGACUCGGAGAAUAUCCCGCCCCGCAAACAACAACAGCAGCAGCAGCAGAAGCAACCAGCCCGCAAUGGGGUCCCCAAGGCGGAGCCCGAGGCCAAGACCCGAGGGGAGGGGGAUGGGCGGGGCUGCGAGAAACUGGAGCCGAAGCCAGAGCAGCCGGAGCCCAAGAAGGAGCCGCUGGCGAAGGCCAACGGGGUCGCUGAGCGGGAAGCGGGCUCGGAGCCCGGGAGCCCCUACCCCGAGGGCCCGCGGGGCCCGGCCAGCGGGGAGAGGCUGGCCCAGUCCAAUGGCUGGCAGCAAUACGGCUCGCCCAGCCGACCCAGCAGUAUGGUCUUCCCACCCCAGGAUGGGGAGGGAGGGGUCCAGCGGAGAGGCCUCCCCGCCCGGCCCAACCUGGACAAGAUUGCCCAGCGCAAGAGCUGCAUGAGCCAGCUGCAGCAGUGGGUGAACCUGCGGCGAGGGGUGGCCCCGCCUGAGGACCUGCGCAGCCCCUCCAGGUUUUACCCACCGCCGGGCCGCCGGGGUCCCGACUGCUACGGCCCCUUCUCGCCGCCCUUUCCUGAGGAUUACCAGUACUACCCUCCCGGCGUGCGCCCGGACAGCAUCUGCUCGCUGCCCGCCUUCGAGCGGGUCAGCCCUUCCUGGGGGCUGGAGGACCGGCCCCACUCCAUCCUCAACGGGGGCGGCCCCCACUUCCAGAUGCGUCAGUGGAGGGAGGCGCCGGCCUUUGCGCGCCAAGACGGCCCGGUCUGGGUCACCAGUCCCACCCGGCAUUCCGGCUGCUACGACGAGGUGGACGCGGCCUCUGGCUCCCUGCGCCGGCUGUCCCUGCAGCCUCGGUCCCGCUCCGUGCCCCGCUCGCCCAGCCAGGGCUCCUACAGCCGCCCCCCCGGCUACUCCCCCGCCCGCUCCCCCAGCGCCCGCCUCGACCGCCUGCCUCCCCGCGGCGAGGAGAUCUACACCGACCCCUCAGCUUACAUGCUCAGGAGGUCUGUCAGCUCGCCCAAGUAUGACUAUCUGGGCGACCGGAGGCCUGUUCCUGCAGGAAUGUACCCCUACAACUAUCCGCCAUCCCCCACAGUCCACGACAAAAUGGAUGAACUUUUAGAUCUUCAGUUGCAAAGAAACCUAGAGUAUUUGGACCAGCAGAUGAGUGAGAGUGAAACUCUCAUCAGUAUGGUGAAUCGCAUGGUGGAGAGCUCCUCCCCCAGGGCCCAGCUGUUCAUGCAAGUCUCCCCUUACCCAGGCAUGUUCCGGGACGGCCUGCACUCCUACAAGAUGAGCGAGCAGGACACCGAUAAUCUGCUGGGCAAACUGUGUGAGCAGAACAAGGUGGUUAGGGAGCAGGAUCGCCUGGUACAGCAGCUCCGAGCUGAGAAGGAAAGCCUCGAGAGCGCCUUGAUGGGGACCCACCAGGAGCUGGAGAUGUUCGGCAGCCAGCCUGCCUACCCCGAGAAGCUGCUGCACAAGAAGGAGUCUCUGCAGAACCAGCUCAUCAACAUCCGCGGGGAGCUCUCCCAGGCCACCACGGCCCUGACCAACAGUACCCUAGAGUACGAAAACCUAGAGGGGGAAGUGUCUGCCUUACACGAUGACCUGUGGGAACAACUCAAUUUGGACAUCCAGAAUGAAGUGCUCAAUCGGCAAAUCCAGAAGGAGAUCUGGAGGAUCCAAGAUGUGAUGGAGGGGCUGAGGAAGACCAACCCGUCUCGGGGGACUGACACGGCGAAGCACAGAGGUCUGGGCCCCUCUGGCACCUACAGUUCCAACAGCCCAGCCAGCCCUCUGAGCUCUGCCAGUCUCACCAGCCCCCUGAGUCCCUUCUCACUCGUGUCAGGCUCCCAGGGGUCCCCUACCAAGCCGGGACCCCAUGAGGAACCCAGUCCACCUCGGCCUCCCCUCCCCAAAUCGUACGUCCCCCUGGAGUCUCCUCCGACGUUCCCCCCGCUCCCUGGCGAAAGCCGCCUGUGGCCCUACCCCGGCUCCCCUUCCUGGCACCACAGCAGCGAGGUGAUCAGGGGACAGGCAAAACUGAGCUCUGAGUCGGGCAAAGACUCUCAGCAGAUGCCCCCGCUGGGCGCCCCCAGGGACGUCAGCCUCACACCCACCUGGCAGGACCCAGAAGCUGUCAACAAAGUUGGCAUCGUGCCCCCCCGGACCAAGUCCCCCACGGAUGAGGGAACGGCGCUCCCGUCGGCCGUGGUGAGGCGGGGCGCCGGCGGCUUGGUCAACGGGCUCUUCUCCCGGGAACGGCCCAAGAGCGCGGUGUUCCCCAGUGAGGUCAAAGUCAAGAUGAGUCUGGAGGAGCAGAUUGCCCGCAUGAGGCGGCACCAGAGCGGCUCCAUGAAGGACAAGCGACGCAGCCUGCAGCUUCCCGCCGGGCCUCCGCCCGACCCUGCCGCCCGGCCUGCCUACAAAGUGCGAGGCUGUGCUGGGCCCCAGGUUCGCCGGCACCGUAGCAUACACGAAGUAGACAUCUCCAACCUGGAGGCGGCCCUGCGCUCCGAGGAACCUGGCGGGAGGACCUACGAGACGCCCCGUGAAGAGAUCGCUCGUCUGCGCAAGAUGGAGCUGGAGCCGCAACACUAUGACGUCGACAUCAACAAGGAGCUCUCCACUCCAGAUAAAGUGCUCAUCCCCGAGCGCUACAUUGAACUGGAACCGGACACCCCACUGAGCCCAGAGGAGGAGAAAGAGAAGCAGAAGAAGGUGGAAAGGAUCAAGACCCUGAUCGCCAAGUCCAGCAUGCAGAAUGUGGUCCCGGCCAGCGAGGGGGAGUCGGUGGACGUGCCCCAGGACUCAGAGAGCCAGCUGCAAGAACAGGAGAAGAGGAUCGAGAUCUCCUGCACGCUGGCCACGGAGGCCUCCCGACGGGGCCGCAUGCUGUCGGCUCAGUGCGCUACCCCCAGCCCGCCCACCUCCCCUGCCUCCCCGACUCCACCCGCCAACCCCCUCUCGUCGGAACCUUCCCGGGGUGCCGACGGCAGCCAUUUUAUGCGAGUCUGAGCUUGGACUACAAGCCCUGGCCGAGGCCAACGCCGGGCAGCUCCGUGGGUCCACGUUCUGAAUCCUCUCCGCCUUCCCGUCGCCCUCAGCGCUCUGGCUUCCCUCCCCCACAUCUGCCCCUCGCCCCCGCCGGGAAUGGCGACCAAGGUCAGGGGCCCAGGGAGGCUGGAUAUUGGCUCCUUUGGGAGGAGCGUGGAGAUCUAAUCACCUUCGGCUCCAACUGGGACCCCUGUGAUGCCUCCCAGCCCCACCAGGACACCGGCACCCCACCAUCCCCCAAGAGGGGCCUCAUUUGCUUCCACGCUCAUCAGGAAUUGCCAGCAAGGUCGUGGUCCCCACCGUCCCCCACUCCUGCAAUGUGGAGGGCAACAGGAGCCCGAACUGAAGCCACUCUGGCCAGGAGGAUGUCGACCUGGACAAAAGAAGAGAGGCCCCACCCUGGCCUUAGGACUCUGAUAGAGUCCUAGCUUGAAGCCAAGGGAGAUCCACACGGCUACUUCUUUCCACCUCCGUGCUCUCCUACGCCUUGAACGCAUCUUCACCCACGAUAACCUGGAAAGGGGAGAUCACUGGACCCGUAAGAGACUAGAUAGAGCUGGGUCCAGGCAGGGAGAGGGGACCUGAGGGGGCAGGGGGGCAAGAGGGGAAGAGGCAAACCAUCCUGCAAACUACUGAGGCCCAGCUAUGUGGUCCUGGAAGGCUGGGAGUACCAGUGAGCAUGGACAAAUAAGUCUGAGCACUGUCCGAGAACAGGUUGAGAGGGGAGAAGGAGAGGCAAGGACAGGGGUCUGGAAUUGGAAGAGGUCUGUGGAUGUCUCCAGGCCCAGCGGGAGCUGCCGGAAGUCCAUAGGCGGAAGUGGAAGGACCAGAAAGGAGCUGGAAGGUUUUUCAGAGCAGUUUGGCACAGGAAGAGGCACCAGUUGGUUUUUCACAGCUCAAAUGUCCAUUGUUUAAAUAGCCCUUUGGAGGUGUGGGUUGAGGGGAGAACAGGAAUGGAACCCUUGAGGCCUCCCAAGCCUCGGCCAAGGACCGCCCUUGGAGACUGACCCCUCUCCCAGUUCCAGAGAGACCCUCCUCCUCCUCUCUCUGGAAACUACCCCAAGAAAGAUGGCCUUUUCCUUGGGGCUGAGGGGAAGCUGAAGAGAGAGCUCCCCUCUCCCUGCCAUUUAGGGGCUAAUGUGGCAUUGACAUUCUCAGCAGCUGUGACGCUCCCAGUGGGGACCUGCCAGGGCCUAAGAGGUUAAGGACUGGGGCUGCCCCAGUGCCCACACUCUCUCCACUGGUUUCACCCCAUCGCUACCCAACUAGUUGGUAAGAUGUCUUAGCCAGGUUCCACCCUCCCCCAGCAGAAUGCAGUGAGAGAGGAAUUUUAUUGUCUCAGGCACCUGAGCCAAGGGCUCUCACCUGGGAACUCUCUGACCUUGCCUCCCCCCUACCUCUCCGCCACCCCUGCUGUCCGCCCUCAGCCCCGCACCAACGUGGAGACCCUAGAGGGGGAGAGCCAGGCACACUGGUAGACUCAAUUCUCUGCCUCCUUCCAUCAGUCAGAGGAGGGAAGAGGAAGAGAAGCGUAGCUUUCAGCUGCUUCCUGGCUCCGUGUCCGGGGAGUACGUAGUAGCUUAUCAUAUUUAGCAGCCUGAGGGUUACUAUGCUAGAAGUUGCCCCCAGCUCUGUGCUCUUAAUAACCACUGCAGUCACUACUGUAUCUUCCACCAUUCUGAAUACCAGCAGUAAUUAAGGCACUGGUGUUAAAAGCGCGGUCCACACGUGAGCAGAUAGUCUGAUGCCCGGGAGAGCUAAAGAUGAGAAUAAGCCACUCGAUCUCUUCGUGGGUCCCAGGCUUCAAUGCCUGGGGCUUUCUUGUCCCUCUUAUCCCUCAGCGAGUAAGGGUUUGGGAGAAGGAUCUGCAAGGAGAAAACCAGUUCUGGAAUGCUUGCUCCCAUGAGAUAGAAGGUUACACCCGGACGUCAUCCGGGGCGAAAGAACAAGCCUGUCCUCCCGGACCUGCCGCCCUGGGCCCCGGAGUUGCGAAGAAGGUAGCCGGUGACUUUAGAGCGCUCUUCCGAAGGGUGUCUAUGGGGCCCCACCCUUGCGGCAGCCCCUUUCCACCCUCCCCCAGCCGGACCUGUGGAGAGCUGUGCUGCCCCUUGGGUUUCUGUUAACCAAUUUCCAGGGACUUCUCCUUCGCCCCCCCACUUCUCCCUUCAAAAAACCCCCAUGCCACCAGGAAAUAACCAUCUGCCCCUCUACCCAGUUCUCACUCGGCCUCCGUUAUUUCAUAAAGCUGGUUCUUUAUGUUGUUCCACAUGCCUUAAUAUAUGUUUUAUGAAAAUGAUACAUAUUAUAUAGAUAUAUAGAUAUAUAUAUAUUUGUUUUGCCAUCUUAUUCUUUCCCAGAGAUCCUUCUUGGGCUCAUUUUAUCUCCCUCUAUCCAAGCCUUUUUGGAUCCCACGACGAAGUCAAACAGUUCCCCUGCCAGUUAAUUCCCCUUCCUCCCCCGCCCCGAAGGAGACAUAUCUCAAAAUAGAUCUAUUAUGCUUUUAUUAAAAGCAACUUUAUUUUCAAGAAUAAAACCUCAGUGGAAGGAGUUUGGGUCGUCUCAGGGGAGGCAGGUCAGGUGACCAUCGUGGCCGCCCCUCACCCUCCACUCUAUAGAAACGAGGACUGUAGAAGAAAGUCUGCCGUCGGCAGGGACCCCUCUCGGAGGGAUGCACCCCCCUCCCCACCAACCUGGGGGCUCACUGGGAUUUCCAAGCUGUCUCACAUGAUCAUUUUGACUCGCCCCCUCCAGCCACGGCCUCUAACUCUGGGAUCCCAACACGGACGCCUCUCUGCACGGGCCCUCGGGCCCGGGCUGCCAACAAUGCUCUACUUCCUGCUCCCGCUGCCACGCGGGGUCAGAGUCACCUCAGCGGGAGUGGAGCCCCUUGUCGCGGCCUCAGAGAUAAAGAGAAGGUGCAGCCACUUGGGCCUGGCCGACGAGGGCAAAGGCGUGACGUUGGGGCGUUCUCUGCCCCACCAGCCCGGCCCACGUACUGUUUAUCAGCAGGUCGGCUGGCGGGGACAGAGCUGGAACGGAGAGCGCCGGGAAGAGCAGCACAGCCCAAAGUCAUCCUGGGAGGAGUGUGUCGCCCCACCCUCCUCCUCCCCCCCCACGUACACACACACACACACACACACACGCCCACACGGGACCCACAGGGACUGUUCCACUCCCCGAUAGAUAACCGAGAGGCUAUGACCAAUUCCCGCUAGCGUCACUUUAAAGGUUUUCAAGGUUAGAGAUCGUGCCCACGCUCUCUCUAGGGCUGAGGCAGAGUUGCCCGCCUUGGGACGGGACUCUGGGAAGAAACUGGGUCUCCUUUCUAACAUGACACCUUCUGCCUGGCAGCUCUUGUAACUAGGACAACAGCAUUUUAAAAAAUAUUUAUGCCCAUCUGGGGGUAAAUGCGAUUUUGCUAGUGUUAGACAAUAAACCGUUCGAGGAAACCACGUAACGUCCAUGUCUCUAUUUUGUAUAAAGUGACCUUAGAAGAUAAAUUUGACAUUAGAUAAGGAGAGAAGAUCUCUCCGGUCCAAAAGGCCAUAGCAUUUCCCUGGUAUAGUCUCUCCCCACGGUGGGGUUACCCUGAGAGUAUCAACUAGCUGACUUGUUUCCUUCCUCCUUUCAGCAGCAUUCGUUUUAGAUGUAGCUACUGAAACGUCCCCACUCUCCCUGAUCCGCAUUUGUACCUGGCCGGUUUGUAUAAAAUCAAAUACAGGAAAUAAAAUGGAUGGUUUGUACAAA